AUGACCUCAUCUAUCCCCGCGCUCAGCGAGAAAGUUAAAAGUCUUCUCCCCGAAGAUCUUCGAGAAGACCGAUGGUAUCUAAUCACAGCCGCUGCUCUAGUAGCUUCCGGCAAGCCGACCGAACUAGGGGAGCUUUACGAGUACAUAUUAGACACGGAAUAUCCCAAUCUAACCCUGGAGCAAGAGCGCAGAAUAGCUCGUCGGUUCAGCGAUCUGCUGAUGAAAGCAUGGACACUUGUCGGCAUCCCGAGUGUGCUGAUGGCUGUCUCAUCGCUAGCGAAGGUGGAGAGAUUCGUAUCAGCGAGUAACACGGGGUUGGAGGACAAGAGGAUAAACAUUGACUUCGAGAAAGGCAUCACGGAACGCGGCACAAAGUUUAUUCAGCUUCUAUACAAACAGAAUCUCGAACCCAUUUUCGAUACCUGGGGGUCCUACAGGGAAGAAUUCGUGUGGCUGGAGAAGAGUGUGAUCUACGGACUCUUUUUGGCUGAUCAGACGGUUCUAUCUGAGGUGGAAACGCUAUUAGUCACGCUACCCUCGAUAAUGUGCCAGGGUUGGCCAGGUCCAGCACUGUGGCAUCUUCGGGGCCUGAGAAGAGUUGGUCGGAGCACGGAAGAUGUCGAGAAGGUGCAGCAGGCCGUGGAGGCUGUUGCCAUUUGGUCUGGGAAGUCGAUUGAAGGUUGGCCAAGGGUCACAGAUAUUAAGGAUGAAAUUUAG